CCUCAGCUCACAAUCAUACAGCAGCAGAAAUCAGAACACAUUCAAAGUAUCUUCACACACGCACAAUAAUGAGGGAGAUAGUUCACAUUCAGGCCGGUCAAUGCGGCAAUCAGAUUGGAACUAAGUUCUGGGAAGUGAUCAGCGACGAGCAUGGCAUUGACCCAGCCGGCAGCUAUGUAGGUGACUCAGCCCUGCAGCUUGACAGAAUUAAUGUGUACUACAACGAGGCAUCCUCCCACAAGUAUGUUCCCAGAGCAGUGCUGGUUGAUUUGGAGCCCGGCACUAUGGACAGUGUUCGAUCGGGGGCAUUCGGGCAGCUUUUUCGACCAGACAACUUUAUCUUUGGACAGACAGGUGCAGGCAACAACUGGGCAAAGGGCCACUACACGGAGGGUGCAGAGCUUGUGGACUCCAUCUUGGAUGUGGUCAGGAAAGAGUGUGAGCAUUGUGACUGCCUACAAGGCUUUCAGCUCACACAUUCCCUCGGUGGUGGCACUGGAUCCGGAAUGGGAACGCUUCUGAUUAGUAAGAUCCGUGAGGAGUACCCUGACCGCAUCAUGAACACCUUCAGUGUCAUGCCUUCACCUAAAGUGUCCGACACUGUAGUGGAACCCUACAAUGCCACACUCUCGGUACAUCAAUUGGUAGAAAACACGGAUGAAACAUACUGUAUCGACAACGAGGCACUUUACGAUAUCUGCUUCCGCACACUCAAGCUCACCACACCCACAUACGGGGAUCUCAAUCACCUAGUAUCAGCAACUAUGAGUGGGGUCACCACGUCAUUGAGAUUCCCUGGCCAGCUUAAUGCAGACCUGCGGAAGCUGGCUGUCAACAUGGUUCCUUUCCCUCGCCUCCACUUCUUCAUGCCUGGUUUUGCUCCACUAACGGCAAGAGGAAGUCAACAGUAUCGGGCCCUCACAGUUCCCGAACUCACCCAGCAAAUGUUUGAUGCAAAGAACAUGAUGGCUGCCUGUGACCCACGCCAUGGACGUUACCUCACGGUGGCGACCGUUUUCCGUGGCCCAAUGUCCAUGAAGGAGGUUGACGAGCAGAUGCUAGCUAUUCAGAACAAGAACAGCAGCUAUUUUGUAGAAUGGAUCCCCAACAAUGUUAAAGUUGCAGUUUGCGACAUUCCACCUAGGGGACUUAAGAUGGCUUCCACAUUUAUCGGCAACAGCACUGCCAUCCAGGAGCUCUUCAAGCGCAUUUCUGAGCAGUUCUCUGCCAUGUUCAAACGCAAGGCCUUCCUGCAUUGGUUCACGGGAGAAGGUAUGGAUGAGAUGGAGUUUACUGAAGCCGAGAGCAACAUGAAUGACCUGGUGUCAGAGUAUCAGCAGUACCAGGAGGCCACGGCCAAUGAUGGUGAAGAGGCAUUUGAAGAUGAUGAAGAAGAGGUGAACGAGUGAACAAAUUGAUACAUUUUUUUUUUUUUUUUUUUUUUUUUUUUUGUGCAGUGAUUGAUUUUUAAGCUGUGAUAUUUUUGGUUUUGUAUGUGGAUCAUUGAAAUCCUAGUAAAGGAAAAGUGACUGCAAUAAAUACAUUUUGAGGACCUUAUAUUUGUAUUCUCUCA